AAAAACAGGAAACCAAGAAAGAAGAAGAAGGAGAAGAAGAAGAGAAAAUCAAGAAAGAAGAAGAAGAAAUAGGAAACCAAGAAAGAAGAAGAAGAAAGAGAAGAAGAAGAAUGAGUGACGAGCAAUCAGAUUCUGCAAUGAUGAAUCCAUGGGAUAUCGGAGACCCGUGCGAUAUGAUAGACUUUGAUGCCGACGAUGAAGCACCGCAGUUUGAGUUUGAGUGUCCGCCUCUGCCUGAGCCCGUCUGGAAUGGGGACGAAAACAAGAUUGUUGCCGCCAAUGUAGGUGAGCCGUGUGCCAUGGACGUGAGUGGUAAUCAACCACAUCAGCCGGUUAUUGAUGAGUGUUUGUCCGAAGCUAUGAGGAUGACAGAGCACUAUUGGGAAAACCCUUUAUCUGGUUAUCAACCAUUUCAGUGUCAGCCUCAGUCACGUGCCAUUGACGUGUGUGGUAAUCAACCACUUCAGUCUCACCCUCACCCUCAGCCUUGGUCUCAGCCUCAGCUUCAGCCUUGGUCUCCGCCUCGGCCUCAAUCUCAGACGGAUAUAGUAAGGACGCUGACGGAUGAGUUUUUCGCUGACACGUGUGGUUAUCCACCAUCUCAGCCUCAGACUGAGUGGGAUACCAGUAGGAACACGUUCGAGCUGAUUCCCAAUGUCGGUGGUCAUCCUCAACCUCAACCUCAACCUCCGGUCUGGACUUGGGAGGAGAACAAAGCAUUUGAGUCAAUUAUUACCAGUUGUUUUCAGGAUACUAUCCAGAACUGCUGGGAGGCCGUGGCUGUUCGUCUCCCCGGCAGGACCCGGGCACAGCUGCAAGAGCGCUUUCAGAAGCUGAUGAAGGACAUCAAUGCCGUCCAUAAGGGUUAUCCUACAAGCACUCCUCUCAAUGCAACACCACCACCACCAUCACAGCCUUAUUCGACUGAUCACCAUCACAGGGAGGAGGUCGUGCCAGCUGCAGAGGAGGAGGUAGUGCCAACUGCACAAGAGGAGGCAGCACCAACAAACACAGGAUAUCAUCAUUGGACGGAAGAUGAACAUAGGUUAUUUCUUAGAGGGUACCAAAAUGAAGGUUCACACUGGAAAAGAAUUUCAGAAUAUUAUGUAAAAACAAAAACUCCUAGUCAAAUUUCCAGUCAUGCUCAGAAAUAUUUUUUACAUCAAGAAGAUUUAGCUAAAGGAAAAAAGUUAAGGAAAAGCAUUUUUGAUGUAAUUUGAUCAUCAAAUUGUGCCCUAAUUCAAGCUUUUUAACCGAUGGAGGAUUUGCUUAAAGGAGGAAGAACAUGUAAAUGGUCUAAAGAUUUUUAUUUAGGUUGCACAUAUCUAGUUCGAGUUAAUUGUUAGCUAGUUUUGUAAAUGAACAAUGACCGGAAGAUAUGUUUGAAAAAAUAAUUAUGUAGGUAGGACGAUCAUUAUAGAUGUAAUUGUGAUUUAUAACCUUUUUAUUAAUAAUAUUUGAUUUUCUAGU